CUCAAGUCGCCGCCCCAAGCCAACCGCCUAUUCGUGCGUGCCUUCGGCGUUUUUUCCUUGUUGCGCGCGGCUUCGCGCGCGCACUGCUCCCACGCGUUAUCUGCUACGCCCCCUGUCCAUGUGCGCGCCGUGUUACGCGCGUUGCUGCCACCCGUCUCGCCUAGUCCCGCGCGGACUAGGCUUCGCUCGUUUGCUCCACCUGUGCAUGCGCGCGCUAUCGUGCUUUGAUACGGAAGUGGUCAUCAUCCCCGGUGAGUCAGACGAUGAAGGUGACGAUGGUCUCGUUUUAUGGUUGGAGAACAUGUUGGAAGAGCCAUCAAGUCCAAUUGAUCGACCAUCAUGCAAGAGGGACUGGCCAAAAGGAUGUGGUCCACGAGCUAAGCUCAAGCCUAGGAGGAGCAAGACCAAACAAGCUCGAAUGAUACACAAGGCAAAAGCAAAAGAGGAGAAGUGUUGGUGCAAGCCUU